AUGGCGGAGACUGCGGAGGACUCCAGCUCUAUCCCCGCAGCGGUGGAAUUGGGCGCAGAAUUGAGCGCGGGCCAGAUUAUACAGCAUGAUGGCAAGGAAUACCAGGCGGUCAAGGAGGGGUUGGCAUACAUUCUUACUCCUCGACAGCAGCGAGAACAACCAAAUGCAGCUUCGUCGACGUCUACGACCACUGCCUCUUUGCAAGCUGGAACUGGUGUAGAGGGAGGUAAACCAGAGGUUGAUGCAGAGCCACAACGGCAGGGCAAAAAGCAGCAGAGACAACAACAACAACACCAACCCGAGGUUCAGUCCGUUUUCUACAAUCCUAUCCAACAAUUUAAUCGCGACUUGAGUGUACUGGCGAUCCGGGCAUAUGGGGAACAUGCCAUGAUUGUGAAAAGGGAGAAAAUGAUGAGAGCCUCAGCUCUUAAAAAGGGAAUGAAGGGGAAAAAGAGGAAGAGGGAGGCUGAGGAUUUGGGAGGAAGGGAAGAAGAAUCCGGGGAGGGUAUGGAGAAGGGACAGGAGGGUGAUGCCAGUGCUGGAAAUGGAGUUCAAGGAAGCCAUGAACCCCCCCCUCCUACAAAAAACCCCUCCUUCUCGGUGCUCGACGCCCUCUCUGCAACCGGUCUUCGCGCUCUCCGUUAUGCAAAGGAAAUCCCCUUCACAACCUGCAUCGUUGCCAAUGACCUCUCCCCCGACGCCAUCAAGUCCAUGAAGCUGAACAUUCAGCAUAACGGUGUUGGUGAUGUCGUCGUACCCAAUAAUGGCGAUGCCUGCGCGUACAUGUAUAGUAUCCUCGGAGGCCCCAAACCCAACAAAGAUGGCACGCACUUUGGAAGAUUUGACGUCGUUGAUCUGGAUCCCUAUGGCACUGCAGCGCCUUUCCUGGACGCUGCCGUGCAAGCCGUCACUGAUGGUGGCCUCCUCUGCGUCACCUGCACGGAUGCGAGCGUUUUCGCGUCCAACGGGUACCCCGAAAAAACGUAUGCACUCUACGGCGGCCUGCCCUUUAAAGGUCCGCAGUCGCACGAAGCUGGCCUGCGACUGAUCUUGCAUGCAAUAGCUACUUCCGGUGCCAAAUAUGGUCUAUCCAUUGAGCCACUCCUCUCUCUCUCCAUCGAUUUCUACGCAAGAGUUUUCGUGCGUAUGCACCGCUCUCCUGCGUCGGUCAAAUUCAUCGCUGGAAAAUCUAUGAUUGUGUAUACAUGUGACAACGGUUGCGGGGCUUGGAAAACACAGCCGCUCGCCACCAAUAAACGCAAAAGUGACAGAAAGGGCAACCCGUUUUAUCAUUACGGAUUCGCGCAGGGCCCCAGCACGACACCUACAUGUGAACAUUGCGGAUUCAAGUUGCAUCUUGCUGGACCCAUGUGGGGAGGCCCGCUGCAUAAUAAUGUAUUUAUUCAGCGGAUUUUAGAUUUGCUUCCUGGUGCGGAUAAGGAGACAUACCCGACGAAAGGGAGGAUUGAAGGGAUGCUAUCAACCGCAUUGGAAGAGGAUUUGGAUAUGGGUGGUCCCUCACAAGAGGCUACACCGGCCCCCGAACCGGCAGCUGCUUCGCCUUCUGGUACAAAUGGGGAAACAAACCCUUUCACCGCACUUCAAGAAAAGGGUUCCCCAUCCCUCCUAAUACCGCGCACUGACCCAGCCAAACUCGACCCUCACCCCUUCUUCUUAAUGCCCAGCUACGUCUGCAAAGUUGUACACACGCAAACAAUCUCCGAAGACUGUCUGCGCGGAGCCCUGCAUCAUCUCGGUUAUAGAUCUAGCCGUAGUCAUACCAAGGCCGGCUCCGUGCGCACGGAUGCGCCGUGGAAUGUCAUAUGGGAGAUUAUACGUGAGUGGGUGAGGCAGAAGUUCCCGGUUAAGGAGGGGAAGAUUAGGGAGGGAACUGCGGGGAUGGGGAUUAUGAGGAGGAAGAGGGAGAUUGUGGGUGGUAUUGAUGGAGGUGAGGAUGACGCUGGCGCUAAAUUGAGAGGGUUGAAGAGGGAUGUACUGGCGGCAGCAGAGGGGUCGAGAGAGUUUUCGGACCUGGUGAUGAAAAUUGAGGCAGCGUUGUAUCGAGCUGGUGCUGUAUCAAGAAGUGCUGGUGGUGAUGGCAAAAGCGGUGCUGAAGACGGUGGUGGUGUGCACCAGAAGGAGGGAGAUGCGGUUCCACAGCAGCAGCAGCAGCGACAGAGAUCAUAUUCUCCAGGAAUAGGAGGGUACAGGAGAUCGCCGUCUCCGUCUCGUAUAGGUCCGGAUCCAAGCACCCUGAAUAUUGUGUUUGACGAGGCGCUAGGUAGGACUGUGCUGGCGGCACAUCGGAAGAAGCGGUUGACAAGGUACCAGAUGAAUCCUAGAGCGAAUUGGGGCCCGAUCAAUAGGGCAUCAAAGGGUGGGAAAUCAUGA